AAUGUGGCUUCUCAUUUGCUGCAUUUUAUUCUUCGUAACGGCAUCAUCAAAUGUAGAAUUGGGAGUUUAGUGUGUAAAAACAUUGCUGUUGGGACCCCAUUGAAUUUGACUUGCAAUAUAAAUUGGUCAGUAGCUGAACUACUCCCAACGCCGUACAGAGAGGAAGAUGGUGAUCUUGAUUAUUUGAGUUUUAACGUCAAUAAAACUCAAGUAGAAAAAAAAUUUAUCACGAUACUUAACAGUUCAGCCAUUGAAUUGUACAUCCCUGAGAUGAAGGAGCCGACUUUUGUGAAGUAUGUUUGCGUUCUAUUGAAUAAGCAUAAGAAAAGUAAAAAGGACAAUGAUAUUGGGGUCAGCUAUUCUGAUGUUCAUGUUGGCUAUGCCCCGAAGAAAGUAAGGAACUUCCGAUGCAUCUCCUACAAUUGGGAAACACUCAAUUGUACCUUUGACAAGGAUGUAAAUUAUAUUUUUACAAAUUAUCAAGUUACUAUUGGUCCAGUUCUAACAACACGAAGGCAUCAAUUGGAAAUUAAUCCAAAUGACAACAAUACAUCCUUUACGUUUCAAAUGCCGGAAUAUACGGCAGUUUAUGAGAUAUAUUCAUUUGAUUUUGAUAUUAGCAAUAUUAUUGGGCAUGUGUCACAGAGUAUUUAUGUUAAUACGUUUGAAUGCAUCAAACCUGAUCCACCGCUAUCAAUGAAUGUAACCCUCAGAGAGCCAAAACGUGUGACAAUUACGUGGAAAUUGCACUAUCAUAUGAAGGCCUUUGAGAGGGGUUUCAUUCAUGAAGGUGAAAUUUUUCAAUCGCCAAAUUCACACGGGCAGUCGCUUGAUAUGUCCAAAUUGAAGAAUACAACACGUGUGGAUUAUUCAUUGACCAUCGAUGGAUUGUACGCUCAUACAUGGUAUGACAUUCGGAUUCGUGUGAGAGUACCAAAUGCCGAUCGCGAAGAACUCUGGUCAAAUUACACUGAUUUCCAAUUUCAAACACACCCCAAAAUACCCGAUCGUCCCCCAAGAGUGGAUAUUGGGAGUUUCUACGUGAAUGAUCACAAUGAUAUAGUGUUGUAUUGGGAACAGCUACCGCUUGAGGAGCAAAAUGGCAAUAAUUCGCAUUAUGUUGUGAGUGAAGUACGGAAUGCACAUAAUAUGGUGAUUGAGAGGCGUCCAACUGAGAUUAAUAACAUCAUGGCGAAAUUUGUGAAUAUGCCAUCGGGAAAUUUAACAUUUACAAUACAUAGUGCAAAUUCCCAGGGGCAAUCAAUUGGGGGGAGCACAAUUCAUGUACCGGCACGAAAUAAGCGCUUCCCACCGCCGACACAGCUCAAGAAGUACAGUAUUGAUUCGAAGUAUAAGCUGACGUGGGCCCCGCCAACAAGACGACAAAAUGAGCUUGUCAGCUACACCGUAUUCUGGUGUGAAUCCAAAACGAAUUAUCCCAGUGAAUGUGAUGGUCCCAUGUCCUUUACAACAGUCGACAGUACACAGCAUGAGUAUGAAUUGAAUAAUACAAAGGGAUUUAAUAUUGCGCUCUCGGCAAAUUCAUGGGAUUCCAGUUCUGGAUUAAUUUGGUCCAUGUGCACAGCAUCCAAGAGUGACGAAAUUGGCAAACUCAAUCCUGUUUGGGUAUCAAAAAUGGAUGCCACUUACAUGGAAAUUCAGUGGCGACUGGAGUGUAUGGAUACCCCCAUUGUUGUGGGUUACACCCUCACAUAUUGCCCUAUAACUGCCCCGAAGAAUCUCACGUGUAAGCCCGGUAUGGAGGUUGUGAAGAAUAUUACGGGAACAACGCAGUACAACAUCACAGGAUUGACACCCUAUACGACCUAUAAAACAACAAUUGCGAUGUUCUCAAAGACAAGAACAGGCGUACCGAGUGAUCCACUUGUCAACACAACCCUCGAAGCAGCUCCAACUCCACCGAGAGAUAUCCGAAUAACACACGUGAGCAAUACAUCGGUGACAAUCACGUGGAAAGCCCCAGAGAGGAUUAAUGGCUUUUUGAAGAAUUACAUUGUUUGGUGCAAUAGUUCGAGCUUUCAAGUCUUUGAUGGGAUCAAAGAGAACACAACGCUGCAGUAUAAAAUAGAAAAGCUCCAGACUUACAGCUACUAUGAGAUUGUCGUUGUUGCAUGCACCAUCAGCUGUUCAAAUAAGAGUGAAACCCUCACGGUGCGAACGGAAAUGGGAGUUCCCGAUCAAGUAACUUCAAUGCUAAAAGUACGUCAUGGUGACUACACUCUCUUCUCGUGGGAUCGUCCCCGGCAUGUUGGUGGGAAUUUGGAUUACUACGAAGUCUUCGUGAAGAUCACUGAGACGGGCAAUAUAACGGUCAAUCGGACAAUUCUCCUCAAUGGGACACAAUGUUGGAUAAAUCGUGCAUGUGACAAGAACUGGGCGGAGAUAGAGCUACUUCUGAGUGCUGUGAAUGUCGUCCGGAGUCCCCAUGAGCGCCUCGAAGAGGGUAGUGGUGAGAGGGAUGUGCUAAAUAUCUCCGAUGGGCCACGUGCACUGACUUUCCACAAUGAUGACCUUCCGGCGGAAAUUCGGAUGUACCCAUCGUGCACGCGUGAGAGUUUUGAGCACUAUCAAUUGGUGAAGUGGAAGAAGUCCGAUGAGCAUUCAACAUUCCUCAAGAGUAGCUCAAUUCCACUCUUCAACAAUAACUGCGGACUAAGCUCCAGCAGUCCACUCCUCUACAUUUUUAUCAUCUUCGUGGGACUCAUUGGAAUGGUGACGGCUGUACUGUUUCUGUACAAGAAGUGCAAGACAAUGAGUGACAUCAAAGUGGUACUUCCGGAUGCGUUGAAUGACAUUAAUAAAGAUUCAAAAUGCCCCAAAAUGGGUGAAAUGAUCGAUGGGGGUGUACUGCGGAAUGUUCAGAUACAUCGUGGGGAGAUGCGUGUGCAGCAGGAUGAGCAGGAGAGGAGUCUCCUGAGGAAUCAUAUGGAGUCAAGUAGUAGUAGUACAACGAGUAGUACGGCAAAUGUGGACAACCAGAGUCAGUGUGAAUCUCACGAUGGACCUCCGGAGGAGAUGAUGGACUCCAUGGAGGAGCAUCAGCAUCAUCAACCCGAGGAGGAUGAGGAUAAGCAUUCAGUUGAAUCUCAACCGGAGGAUCCGGCUCAGGAGAUCUCCUUUGAUGUGCUGCAGCCAGAAAAAUUGGACGAAAUUAUGAUUCGUCCACAAAUUGAGCCACAGCAAACGCAUCAAGUUGCUCUCUGUCCGGGAGUCAAUCAAUACGUCCACUUUGCUAAGCCCUCACAGGGUUAUACGCAACUGGCAUCCCUUAAGGUGCCCAUUAAAACGCCCAUGGCGGCUGAGACUGAUGAAACGGGAAUUUCAGGAUACGUUACACGAAAACAACUUGCUGAUUUUGGGCAACGUAUGUAAAGUGAAAAAAAAAGUGAAAGGAUUUGAAAGUGAAAGAAGUUUUAUAAAAGAAAAAUGAGAUUGAGAGAAUAAUCCACCCACACAGCUCAACAAUUUUUUUUUUGGAUAUUUUACAGAUAAAAUAAUGAGCUGGGAGAUUAGACUCGUGACAUAUUUUAGAGCAGUAAAAUUAAACAAUAUUUUUUUUUUUAAUUUAUUAAGCAAAAAGAAAAGAAAUUAAUUUCUUUUAAAAGUGAAAAAAUAAAUCCCAGAGAUUUAUUUUGAGAGGUUAAUUGAAUCUCAUUACAGUAUAUAUAAAUAAAAUAAAAUAAUUAUUAGAUUUAGUAAAAAAAAAGUAAAUUAUGUGAGAGAAGAAAAAAGUGUAUUUGUAUAGUUAAAUGAAGUUAAGACUAUAAAUGUGAAAAGAAACUUUUUCUAAAUGUAGUUAAUUUUUUUGGCCUUAAAUUCUAGUGUAUUUUGGCACUAAAUAUCACAUUAGAUUAAAUAAAAUGAAAAUUAUAAAAGGAAGUGAAUUGAAUAAAAAGUCUGUAUUUCACACGAUCACACAACUUAGCUGUAAUAGUUGUAGCGUUAGUUAUUGCAAAACAUUUAGUAAAAGGUUUUUUUUUUUUGAUAAAAAGAAGAAAAAGUUUUCUUUUAUAAAGUGCAACGAAAGGUCUUAAAAAUCUUCUUUUUAUUAGGUAUUAUUUUCUCGAAAUAAAAUUGUUAUUAAAUAUUGAAGAAAAAAAAAUUAAAAUUAAUGUUAAAUGUUCGGGCUGAGAGAAUGAAUUUAUUGAAAAAAAUGAAGAUUAAAAAAAACAAGAGGAAUUAAAUGUUUAUAUAUUAAAUGUUUUAGAGAAUUAAACAAAGAAAAAAAAUAUGAAAAUUUUAAUUUGGAAAUUUAUUGGUAAAAUUCCUGUUUAUAUUUAGAAAAAAAUUGAAAAAAAAAUUGAUAAAACAAUCGAGCUUAUACAGAAAGCAUGAACCUUGGGGUAACUUGUUGCGCUUCUAUACUUCUUUAUAUCAUUUUAACAAAAAUAGGGAAAAAUAACUAAAUACUAUAAAAUUCUCAAAAUCAUUCUCAUGGGCUUUUCUUUUUAUAAAGAAAAAAAUAAGGGAAACUUUUUUUUAAAAUAUUUCUUUCUCUGUGCCAUGCAAAUCUUGCAUUUCAAUGUGGGCUCUAUAGGAAAAAAAAUCAAUCUAUGCUAUUCAUAAUAAUCUCUCUUCAUACAGCACAAUGCAAAAAAAAAGUAUUUUAACAAAGGAAAUGCAACAUAAAAAAGGAGCGUCCAUGACGAUUCUUUUGAUUUAAUUUGUGUAUCUGGAAACAAAUACUAAAGAUUCGUGUAAUAUUUUAGAAUAUAAACAUUUCUCUAUUUCCAUAAA